AUGCGAGGGUGCUCCGCGGGCGGGGAAAGAGUGCAGAGGUCGGCAACAUUGUUGGCCAUGAUGGUGUUGGACUGUACGGAGGUACCUUGCGUGUCCUUGAAUGGUGCCUCAUUGAAUGGUGCCUCAUUGAAUGGUGCCUCAUUGAAUGGUGGGUCGCUAGACGGUGAAGAUAGUUGCUUGGUACAGCCUAUGCCACGGCAUUGUCGACUGGAGUUGGGUCCGAAGAGGAGUGUAUCAUUGCGGCUGUUUUUAUCAGUGGCUUUGCAAUGUUUAGAUCGUUUGCUAGAAGAUGAUGAACGGUGGUUGGUUUCGGUGGACCAGAUCCAAUUCCCUUUAAACAUGUCUCGUGUUUGGGUGCGUAUUGCUGAUGACCAUGGGUAUUGGAAGAGGCCGGAGGAAGAGGGAGAAGAGGAGCGGUUGAUUGCGGCGAAGGCAGUGUUGCUAGAAUUGGCGCAGAUGGGUGGUGUGAAUCAGACAGGUGGAUUUGGGGCUGCUCCCGACUACCAGCAAGAGAACUUUACUCAGUGGUUGAAGGAUGCUUCAGCGUUGGAUAACAUGCAUGCUGGACUACUUCGAUGUUUUUGGGAACAAAUAUCGGCAGCCAACUACCGGACGGAUGACAAUUCCUUUCCAAAAUUCGAUGAAGAGAUCUGCUGCAUUAGCAGUUACAACAACCAACAUUGGUGCGGUAUUUGUCGACCUAUGUUGGAGCGGUACCCGUGGCCUAGCGAGCUGGUGGGUGUGGCACGAGUUUCACCUGGCUUAUACCGAUGCGAACGUUGUGAACCCCGUGUUCUCCCCAACCUGGCCAUGCCCGGCAGCUUGACAAGCGGCUGGGCUCCCCCAGGCUCCUGGGUUGCCGACGCCUGGCGAAAGGAAAUAGAGUUCGCCGCUACAGGGGUACGACAGCAAGCCAUGCACGCCGCCGUGGGCCUGGCCAAGCUGCCUUGGGCGGCCACUUGGAAUGCAACCACCGGCCACUGGCGAGAUACGCCCGACGCAGAAACACGGGUGUGCAACGCCGUCGACGAACGCAUCAGGCUACACACAGUGGUCAGUCUGCGCAAUCUCCUCGCCAACCAUCGACUCACCCGCCCACUCGUGGACAGCCUUCAGCGUGAUGCUCGCACCUACUGCAAAAGAGCUGCACGCAUUGCACGCAAACAUGGCAUCCGGCCAAACACGGGAUGGUUCGUGGGCUGCUACGACCAGGCCUACGUCACACUUGAAAUCGGCGUCCCCAACCACCGGCUCAUCGACCGCCUCCGCGGACGACCACGACCGGUCGGAAUCAAGUCCAAACUUCGCCUUCUCCUAACACCAGACUGUCUCAAAGCCCCUACCGAAGAGGAAGCCGAAAACAGGGAAGCCGCUUUCUUCCGUAAAGUGCGACAUGAUGCAGGUUGUCGCGAUCAAAUACCCUUCCGAGAACAAGUCCACUUCCUCAAUCGCCAGCCCUAA